CAUGUGCGUGUCAGGGGUCACUGGAAGUUGCGGAAGCUGAAAAUUUUAAAACUUCACAUUCAACGCUAAAAUCUACCUUAACAGCGGUAAAACAUGGAGUGACCCUCGCGAGCAUGAAACCAUCACACAUCCAGAAGAAGAGACAGAAAAGGAGGGAAAACAGAAGAAAGAGCCGUGAGAAAAAGAAACUUUGGAACCUGAUGAAUGAGUCUGUUGCUCUUGGGACAUCCACAGAUACUUCACUGAAGAGCUUCCCAGAACAAGACUCUAAACUUGGACAGGAAACAACCCAAAUCUUUGUAAGUGGAGACAAAAACCACAGAGACAUGGUGAACCAAAACAAGAAAAAGAAGCAACUUUCAAAGUUGAAGCAACCUUCCCCGUCAGAGACAAGUGUGAAAAUCAAAUCUCCCCAGAAAGCCAAGAAAAAAGCAAAACAUCUCAAAGAAAAAGGGAAACCUCUUGUAGAAAAAUCUACUAGUAGCUUUAUGGGCCCAGCACAACGCACAAAACAGAACACCAGCCAAGAAAAGAGGCCUUUGUCUCAAAGCAAGGAGGAACCAACCUCGGCUAAACGUCUAAAAACAAAGAAGACAGUUGAAAAAGGUGGACUAAGCAUAGUUUCAGAUAGUGGCAUCACUGCCAGAUUUGACCUAAGCUCACCACAAAAACUUUUCGAAAGCAUCAUUUCACCAGUGUCAUAUGAGCGAUUCUUUGAUGAAUACUGGGAAAAGAAACCAUUGAUUGCUAAAAGGAAUGACACAGCAUUGACAGAGGAAUAUAAGGCACUAUUCUCUAGAGACAUACUGAAGAGACUGUUGAAGAAACAGGAGAUUGAGUACAUCAGGGAUGUGAAUGUGUGCAGAUAUGUCAAUGGCAGGAGAGAGUCACUGAAUGGAACAGGAAGAGCCACCUCUAAGCAGAUUGAUAAAUUGUUUGACCAGUCUAGGGCCACCCUACAGUUUCACCAGCCACAGAGGUUUCAGGACAAACUAUGGCAGUUGUGCAGUCUGUUGGAGUGUCUGUUUGGCUGCCUGGUGGGAGCUAAUGUGUACAUGACACCCCCGGGCUCACAAGGGUUAGCACCACACUAUGAUGAUGUGGAGGUGUUCAUUCUGCAGCUGGAGGGAAGGAAACACUGGCGUUUAUACACGCCCCCUGUUGAUCUUCCCAGGGACUACAGUAGAGAUCUGGAGCAGGGCAGUAUUGGCCAGCCAACACAUGAUUUUGUCUUAGAGGCAGGAGAUAUGUUGUACUUCCCCCGGGGUACAGUUCACCAGGCUGACACCCCAGCAGGCUCACAACACUCCACACAUGUCACCAUCAGCACAUACCAGAGGAACUCGUAUGGUGACCUGCUGACGUCUACCUUGCCCAUGCUGGUACAGUCUGUGAUGGACAGGGAUGUGGGGUUCAGGAGGGGCCUGCCAGUCGGAGCACUCAGUACUGUGGGGGUUCCUAUGGGACAGGACCAUGAGGACAUGAGGUCACAUCUGAAGAAGCUGCUAUUCAGCUUGGCUGAUCAGGUAGGCAGUAGCAGUGCCCCCUUGCUGGCUCCAGAGUUACUGCAGGACUUCAUGAGUAACAGGCUGCCUCCGUACUACAAGGACACAUCUCAGCCUCUUGCUUCUCCUAAAGGUUUUUCCCCGUGCAUGUCAGUUUUCUAG